AUGACAUUCGCACAGGAUCAUUCAAACUGUGAAACCGAAAAUUCACAGAACAAGGAGAAGGAUAAAAUCCAAGAGUUCUUGUCGGAAAUUGACGAAGAAAGUGGAUCGGAAGCUGAACCAUCAACAUCAACAUCAACAUCCAAAGAUUUAGACCAAUCCGAAGAAGAGGAGCCUGCUCAAGUAGACGAUAAUUAUAAAUCCCCAAAAGCGCCUUUAGAAUCUAGGAAAGUUGUGGAAUCAGAAGAAGAUACUGCGGACGAAGAUUCAGAGGAGGAAAGACAGCCUUGUUUUUCAGAAGCUGAAGAAGAGGAGCAUGAUCAACUAGACGAUAAUUAUUAUAAUUCCCUAGAACCACCUUUAGAAACUGAGCGAGUUGUGGAAUCAGAACAAGAUACCGAGGACGAAGAUUCUGAGGAAGAAGAACAGGAGCCUUUUUCUCCAGAAGAUCGUCACACAGAUACCGAUACCGAUACUGACUCGGAUUCCGAUCCAGACGAUAAACGCGAACCUUCUAGCUCUGAGGAAAGCAACGUAGAGCAACGCCAAAAUCCUAAGGGCGGCGGAGAAGACAACGACGAAGACCAGACUUCAACUUCUCACGCGGACGGAGAUCAAGGUGCAGAUUCUGAGGAAGCUAACGAUUCCACACCUUCUGACUACCAGAAGAAGGAGAGAGCUCCAAUUUUGAAAGAGAACGAUACCCCAUCAGAAUAUUACUACUGCUACUGCCUUACAACGAACUGCACGCAAAAGAAAAUCGCCAUAUUGCUGGGAGGAGCGCAGCAAAGUUAA